GUGACAAUUUCAAGAUGGCCGCGCCCUUCAGUUUGGAGGCGUGACGUUAUUCAUAUUAGUGUAGUCAAGAGCAUGUUAUGCAAGCUCGUUCAGUCUGCAGAAACUCGUUCAAGGUUUAUUCUCCGCUGGACCUGACUGUCAAGAAUGGACAAGGACAAGCUGAUUCUCCCCAAAGACUUCCCAGAGCUGAAGAAUGACACAUUCCUAAGAGCAGCACGAGGAGAGGAGGUAGAGCACAUUCCAGUGUGGUGCAUGAGACAGGCUGGUCGCUACCUGCCAGAAUUCAGGGAAUCCAGAGCAGGGAAAGAUUUCUUUGAGACAUGUCGCUCCCCUGAAGCUUGUUGUGAACUGACGCUACAGCCACUUAGACGAUUCCCAUUUGAUGCUGCUAUCAUCUUCUCUGACAUCCUUGUGGUGCCUCAGGCCAUGGGAAUGGAAGUUCAGAUGACUUCAGGUAAGGGCCCCACGUUCCCAGAACCACUGAAGGAGCCUGAAGAUCUGCAGAGACUAAAGACUAAAGUGGACGUGUCAUCUGGACUCAACUAUGUUUUUAAGGCCAUCACACUAACACGACACAAAAUAGAGGGAAAGGUUCCUCUCAUUGGCUUCACUGGAGCUCCGUGGACUCUGAUGUCCUAUAUGAUUGAAGGAGGAGGCUCUACCACACACUCAAAGGCAAAACGCUGGCUCUACAGGUACCCAGAAGCCAGCCACAAACUACUGAGCCAGCUCACUGAUGUCAUAGUGGAGUAUCUUCUCGGCCAGGUGAAAGCUGGAGCUCAGGCACUCCAGGUUUUUGAGUCUCAUACUGGUUGUUUGGGCCCAGUGGAGUUUAAAGAGUUUUCUCUGCCAUAUCUGAGAGAUAUUGCUCGUCGUGUUAAGGACAAGAUAAAAGAAUCUGGUUUGGACAAUGUGCCUAUGAUUGUUUUUGCUAAAGACGGUCAUUAUGGGCUUGAGGAUCUCUCUGAGUCUGGUUAUGAAGUAGUGGGUCUGGACUGGACCAUAGAUCCCAGUUCAGCACGUGUGAGGACUGGAGGAAAAGUUAGUUUGCAAGGCAACAUGGAUCCCUGUGCUCUCUACGCCACAAAGGCCCGUAUAUCAGAGAUUGUGAAGAGGAUGUUGGAGGGCUUUGGCACCAAGGGCUACAUUGCUAAUCUGGGACACGGUCUGUACCCUGACAUGGACCCGGAGAAUGUUGCCGCAUUCGUGGAUGCCGUUCACACCCACUCUCGCCAGCUUCUCAACCGCAAUUAAGACAUUAGGUUCACUCUCUCCAUUAGAGGAACUGAAGCAGAUGAAAAACAACAACUGUCUACCCUGGAGCGCUGCGCCAAGCUAUAAUUCUUAAAGGGAUAGUUCACCCAAAAAUGAAAAUUCGCAUUUAUUCACCCUUGUGGUUUCAAACCCAUACUUCUUUCUUUCUUCCAUAGAACACAAAAGGAGAUGCUAGGCAGAAUGUUAACCUCAGUCAACAUUCACUUUCAUUGCAUGUUUUUUUUUUUUCCAUACAGUGAAAAUGAAAGAAACUUGAGGGUGAGUAACUGAUGACAGAAUUUAUAUAUUUUGAUUAAAAUUUUCAUUUUGAGUGAUCUGUCUGUUUAAUAUUAUCAUAAGAAUGGACUUUUAAUAAGGGGCCUGAUUCAUUUCAAUUAUUAUGUAGGCCAUCUAUCUACUUUACCUAAAUCAAUUCUUCUUUUUAUAAUGGUUUCACAUCAAUCCAUCUGAUCUUUAAUAUAAUUUUUAUGGAUGUUUUCAUUACAUUGAAUGCACUGUAUGAUCACUGGGGAAUCUGGAAUAAGUGAAGGAGGAUCAAAUCUGAUUAAAUAUGAAGCGCCGUA